AUGUACUUAAGCAAAAGUUCAACGAUUCCAGCCAAAACGAUAUCAACGAUUGUAUCCUGUACAAAAAUUUCAAGAAGUGAAAUCUCAUCUCGGAAGAUUUCCUUAUCAGCAAGUGUUUCAGCAGUCAAGGUCAAUUUACCGAAGACAAGCUCAACAAUAAUUCUUCCCAAAAAGUUAUCCAGUUCAAAAAUUCGUCAAAGGAAAAUUCUGGAUACCAAGAAUUCUUUGGGAUCCUUGCAUGCAACAAGGAUCUUAGCAAAUCAGGUGUCAUCAUCAUCAAUACAGCCUGUGAAGAAGUUAUCCAGCAUGAUGAUUGAGCAACGCAAAAUGUCGACCCACAAGAUUUCCUCAUCAGCCGUGCCUUCAACUGGGAUCUUAGCAAAUCAGGUGUCAUCAUCAUCAAAACAGCCUCCUAAGAAGCUACCCAGCGUAAAGAUUCAGCAAUACAAAAUGCAGCCUAUUAAGAAUAAAGCGAUCUCAGCUAUGCCUUUGUCGUCAAAGAUAAUUUCGAAAAAGAUGAAUUCAAAGAAAAUGUCGGCCGUAAAAAGUUCUCAAUCAUGCCAUCGUGAAAUGAUUCUCACUUCACCGCAUUUCAACUUUAAUGAUUUGCCAUACGACCAUGAGUUGAUUGAUUUCACAUCUCCUGCACUUAGAGAUAAUUUCAAUUGUUUGCUGGAACACUUUCAGGACAGUCCUUUUAAGAUCAAAAAGGAACUAUUAAGGUAUCUUCAAGUUUGGGAUCAAUUUUAUGGCAGUCCCAAUUUAAAUGCUGAAACACGCAAGAUUUUUGAAAAAUGUCCCGGACUCAAACGUGAACUCCUGGAGUACAAUGUUUUGGUCAAAAUCCAAGACUGCAAGUAUGUCACAUUGAGCAGGAUGACAUCAGAGGCGUCAGGCAGUAAAAUAAAUAAUAACAAUUUACAUUGUAACAGAAUAAGAAUAAGAAGUGACGAUAUUGGGGAUGAGGAUGUGAAGGAGAAAGGAAGCAAAAGAUGGAAAAUUUGCAUGAAUUAA